UUGCCAGGGGUCGGCGCGGGUGGGCAGCCCGGGGUCCCGGCGUGGGGCCGUGGGGCAGCCGGGGCCGUCGCGACCCGACCGCCGGGCACCGCCAGCCGGGGGAUCCUGGAGAACUUGAGCGACGGGGAGGUUCCGGAGCUGGAGAGGAACCUCGAACCCCCAAGUCCGUGCCUUCACCUCAGAGUGGAGCUGUGGCUCCGGGCGAGGGUGUAGACGGGUCAGCCCCUGCGAGUGAGGACCCGUGGGUGGGCGCAGGUCUGGCCCGUGCAGGAGCUCCUGGGUCUUGGAACUCACACUCUCCCGAUGUGCGGGAGUUAAUCGGGGUGCAAAGCAGUGCGCACCCAGUGGAAGGGAAGAGGGAGGCCUUUAGCCCGCGCAGGAAGAAAUGACCGCGGACGAAACUUCUCACCCACAUGCGUAAAACCUACAGAACCACCCGUCAGCCGAAGGGGCCGUUUCACUCAGAUCUUAGAAAACUUGAAGAAGAAUCAUGCCUCUGCUUUUCCUUCGCUGAAAGGAGUUUCUUACUGUUAAGGGAGCAGGAGAAGGAGAUUUUAUGCAGUCGACGCAAAUACAUUGAGUGAAGUUUGAGCACCGAAACACAGAAUGCCUGAUAAGGGUGUUGUCACCUUUGAAAAUGAAGCCGCAAGUGAUCCUGGGUGGAGUCAGUGCUGUCACUGGGUAUCCUGCACUCCGACAGCCUCGCCACCUACUUCACCUCGUGUCUCGUUCAGUAGUAAAUCUCAAAGCUUUACGGAUUUGGGGCGGCUCAUAGGCAUUCCGUUACCCCCCAGUACCACAACCCCCUGCUCUCUGCAGUUGGCCGACUGUAGAGAAUAUACUUCCAUCUUUUGAGCUAGAAUCUUGCCUGGUUUGCAUUUUUCCUGCAGUAAGGAUGGCAUGUGCUUCUAUCCCCAGUUCUAGUGUUGGAAUUUCUUUAGUAGCAAUUUUUAUGCAGGACCAAAUUAGAAUAGAGCUUUUUAGAGAACUUGUGUAUUAAUGAUUUAAACGAAAUGUGUGCUGCAUGUUAAUAAGUAACCCAUGAUGAUUGAAUGAGACAUUCUGCAAGGGGUGAAUAAUCAAUACUCUUGUUUUCUGAAGUGAGCUUAAAAUCCUAGUUGCUCUUACUUCAUACAUCAUGGUAGCAUGCAGGGAAGUAAGGAUAAUUUAGGGCAUGAAAAGAAUGAACCUGCACUUCUUAACUUGUGACUAUUUGUCCUUAAAAAUUAGAUGCAGUAUGUUUAUUUUCUGCAGUCCAUUGACGUUUACUGUUAUUUAGACAGUAAUUUUUUCUGUCAAGCAAAUACUUUACUGUAGGCACAUGUGUGUAUAUAUAUAUACUUUUAAUAUGUAUGAUUAUUGUCACUGGGUUGGCUGCUUUAUAUUCCUUUUAUCAUUUUAUCCAUUGAAAUACCAAGUUAUGGAAAGUUAAGAUAAAUGAACACAGAUCUCUUAACCAUUGGGGAUAAAAGCAUCAUGAAAGUACUCAUAAGGCUAUUUUGGUUUUACUUAAGAAUUACAUUAUGACUUACAUAGUAAAUGGCUCAAUGUAUUAGAAUUCCAGUUGUUGCCAAGCAACAAGACUUGGCUUAUUUUUUCUUCUCUUCCUUUAUUGCUCUCUCCUAACUUUUGUGGAGAAAAAAAAUUUAACUUAAAGGAAAAAGACUAUUCUACCCACAUUAGAAGGCUGGAUAAUUUUAUGCUUGAUUAAACCAAUUAUUUAAAAUAUAAGAGUUUGUGUAGUUGAAGGAGUCAUCAGAAACAAUUGAUACUCAUCAAAAAUAUAAAGACAAAGGCCAUGGAUACAGAAGUUCGGUACAAACCUGGAAAGAUAAGUAUCUCUGAAAGGUUCAUCCAUUCAGGAACAAAGUCCCUUAACAAUACAGAUUAUCCACACUACUGUGAUCUCUUAAGAAAAAUCAACAUGCCUUUUGUGAAAGGAUUUGAGGACAGACAUAAUUAUGGCAGACUUGAAAAUAAGUGCAACCCUUCCUUUCUUAAGUUUCAUCCUUAUCCCCCUUCAGUCCUGCCAGACUAUCAUUUGCACUAUCCCUAUCCCCCGCCAUAUGGGCCAGAUUAUCCAUUAUUUCCACUGCGGGAUGAUGUGCCCUUAAGUGAUUCCUGUUCAAUGUUUAUGAGUCCUGGUGGUGAUGCUGAUUUAAAGCCUGGCGUUGGCAGAACCAUACCAAACCUGGUUGAUUUCAGUGAUGUGAAACCUCAACAUCGAGUUCCUAGACCAGACACAGGAUUUCAAACAACAAUCAAAAGGCAAAAAAUUCUAUCAGAAGAACUGCAACAGGACAGGAGAUGGAAUUCCAGAGAAGUGUCGGACACCUCCAUCAGAGCAAGGCUUGGAGGUUGGACGAGCCCAGUGAAAGUUACUCCUUUGCAACCACAUCAUGAAGGCUGUUCAGUAAACCACGCAUACUCAUUUGAUGAGGAGGCAGAGUACACAGAUGACCACAAGCCACUUCAACCAAACAAAAAGUGUGAUGCAAAGGACUCAUUUUACAAGUCCUCCACACAGAAAGCUUAUGAAGUUGUUCCUUGGGACAAGAUGCUGCCACCAAAACUCGAUCCAGAAGAAACAACAGUGGAAAAGGCUGCUGACCCCCUCUCACAGUGUUUCACCCUGAAGAGAUACGAAAGUGCACCAGCAAUAACCCAGAUGGUUGGUGGUCUCUGGGACAGAUUUCAAACAAGAUCAUUCUUGGCACCCAUCAAACCAGUCAAUUUUGUGAGUCCGAGUUCUAGAAGUAAAUAUAUUCCUCUAUAUACUGGUCAUGUGCAGUCCACAAAUGCUGAUGACGUGGACAACCCCUUUGGAGACAUCACGUCUCUUGCCAAGCCUCGGCGCUCUAAGCCUCACUACACCAACACGGGCCGUGCUGCAAAUAUCCCGGGAUAUACUGGCAAGGUUCAUUUCACAGCCACCCACCCAGCAAAUUCUAAUAUUCCACCAACAACCCCGUCUCCAGACUCAAACCUGCACUGACCAGGCACCCCAGGAACUCCUGAAUGUUAGCCUCAUCCACACCCUCUCUGCUUCUCUGUAAUCGGUUCCUGUCUCACUGAGAGCCCUGGCCCUUCCCAGCAGUGGCCGUCUUCAAUCCUCUCCUGUCUCACUGAGAGCCCUGGCCCUUCCCAACAGUGGCCGUCUUCAAUCCUCUCUCAGCACCUUGGCUCCCAGUCCCUUCCCAGAAGACAGUCUCCACUGUGGCUGCCUUGGCUGACCAAGGUGACCUUAGGUCCCCGGGCGCGGUGCCCUCCUCCUCACUCAUCCCAGCCUCCAUCCCCACCACCACUGGGCUCCCUUUCCACCCAGGAAGGCAGGGUCUUCUAAAAGCAUCAGCGCCCCCUCCCUGCUCCCCUCCCCCUUCCCGCCUGCGUGUGCUCACUUGCCCUGGGACUCGCCCCUUCCAGCUGGCCGGUCACUUGGGAAGAAGCCCAGGAAAGCCUCCCGCUGGCCCCCGAUUCUCUCCUCUCCUUCCUUUCCUGACAAACUUCUUUCAAAGGCAAACAGCCACUCUCCUGGACUCCCUGCCUCCACUUCCCCCAGCCCACUCUCUCCUUGACCUCGCGCGUCUGGAUUUGGGCGCCAGUCAGGAAGUGCAGCCUCCAGUCUUCUGGAUGGUGGACUGACAAGAGGACAGGGGCCAGGGGCAUUGCAGCUGUUGACGCAGAACAUGUGGGUAGCACAUUCGCCGCGGAGCUCUGGUUGGCAAGGUCGCCGCCAGGCCUGAAUGUCAACACAGAGGGGCCAUGUGGUCCCCAUCCCACAUUGUGAGCGAGGUGUCCAGGCCCCCAUGGUGCCUUAGGAGCCCUUCAGGGACAGGAUGCAAAAUCAAGAAGAAAGAAACAACUGGAAGAGUCUUGAAGCGAGGAGGCCUGUGUGUGAGCAGGCCAUGGAAGGGGAGUGGGAGUGUGCAGGUUCACGAGUCGGGCAUACGGGCACGGUGCUCCUCCACAGCCCGGCCUCUCCACAGUGCAGCCGCUGCAGGAGUAGGGCUUCCUCAGCAGAUGCUUCCCACAACGCCGUGAAAAUCAGCGCUAGUGCUUCACGACCAUCGCGGCAGGAGACAGGGCAUUGUGGGUCCGUUCCACGCUAGCUGUGCAACUUGUUGCUACAUGCAGACAUCACGUGGUUUGUGUGGAUUCAAGCCCCAGAAAAUUCCCAGCCAAGCCAACACCACUCUGGACCCAGGGGCUGGGCUCAGGGUGGCUGGCACCACGGUGUCACCGCCAGGGUGACGAUCCUGCGAAUGACCACUGUGACCUUAGGAGCACCAGUGACCAGUGGGCGAAGCCUCGUUUGCAUAGUUUUCCACGUGUUCAGUUAUUUUCUUUGUGUGCAUAGUAUUGCACACGUUCACAGUUAAUUUCUUUUAAUUCUCUUAAUUCUCGUGACAAGUUUGGUAGGACGGAUGUAUCGCCAGACGCAGGGAGACCACGGCUUCAGCCCUCGGUCAGCGUAAUGCAGACCUCACCCUGCAGCAGCUCCUGGUGUGGCGGAGCCUCCCUCAGCCCCAGCCACUGGCCUCCCUCGAGGCCGGGCCCCUCCCACCACCACCGUCGUCUCCACGCCUCUGUUCCCCUUCUACAUCGGCUGCGGACCCCCUUCACACCCUUCCCCAGCCCCUAGAGGCCCGGGUGUACCCCCAGAGCCCUGGACCACCCAGGCAGAGACUCCCUGCAGUGGUCAUUGGGCCACGUGGCUAUCUCUCUGUAGACCCAACUCCUUCUUAGUACCUGGAAUUUUACGCACAGCAGGUUUUUGGUCAGUGAACCUAGCUGCAUUGUCAUGUGGGAAAUGCCACAAACACAACUGAAUGUGGCUAGGAGUAGCUCCGCCCUCCUUUUCUGCUUUCCUCUUGCACUCUCCCUCUCUCUCCCUCCUCUGUCUCUCGCUCCCUCCCCUCUCUGCCUUGUAGUUGUGGGUCCUUAUUUGGAUGACAGGUGAGGAUAUAUGUUUCUAAUGUUU